CCGGCCGCGGGGGCGGCGCCGCGUUUAACCUAGGCCGGGGCCUGUCCGCGGGGUGCUUGGGACGGUCGCUGCCGCCGCGGGCAGGGAGCCAGCUGAUCCUGUUGGAGACCAGGCUGGAGAUGAGAACAUACGGACAUGAUAUGACGAAAAGAAUUCUGCACUUCAGGACAGAUGCCAAUGGCUGACCUAAGCUCCCUUGCCUAUAUGCUGGAAGAAUGGACUGUUGUGGAGUACCUGGAGAAAUACCUUAUUUAUGUGGUCAUCGCCUCAAUAACAAUGAGUGCAAUAUUAUUUUUUUUUAUAGUUCCUUUAACAAUAAUCUUUUUCAUUUACCUUACGAAUAUUUUGCUUUUAAUGCAUCAGAGGAACAGUGAGACAGAAGCAGAUCCCUUGAGUGAUACUUGGGAUAGUGCAAGGAAAACUAUAGCAAGUUUUUGGGAUAUGUAUGCAAGAAUAUGGCAUGGUUAUGAGCUUCAUGGUGUGGAAAACCUGCCAGAAGGACCGGGCAUUCUGGUGUAUUACCAUGGAGCUAUUCCUAUAGACUAUCUUUACUUCCUGUCUAGGCUGUUUCUCUGGAAGAAAAGACUUUGUCUGUCAGUAGCUGAUCAUUUUGUCUUUCGCUUACCAGGACUUAAAUUGUUACUGGGAGUGACAGGUGUUAUGCUAGGUACAAGAGAGGAAUGCCUCAUUGCCUUGAAGAAUGGAAACUUGGUGUCCAUCUCACCAGGUGGAGUUAGAGAAGCACUAUUCAGUGAUGAAAGCUAUCAACUCGUGUGGGGAAAUCGAAAAGGCUUUGCUCGUGUUGCUCUAGAUGCAAAAGUGCCCAUCAUUCCAAUGUACACUCAAAAUAUCCGGGAAGGAUAUAGGAUGAUUAAAGAAAGAAGAUUUUUUAGAUGGUUGUAUGAAAGCACUCGACUGCCGUUUACUCCUCCAUAUGGAGGACUUCCAGUUAAAUUUCGCACAUACAUUGGGGAACAAAUCCCUUAUGAUCCAAAUAUCACUACAGAUGAAUUAGUUGAGAAGACAAAGACUGCCAUCCAGGCUCUCAUAAGCAAGCAUCAAACAGUCCCAGGCAGCAUGUGGAAGGCUUUGCUGGAGCGAUUUGAUAAACGUAAAACAGGUCGAAGGCACCGAUUCUGCACCUCCGCUCUCGUGAGACCCCACUCCGAAUAGAUUGUGCAGUUCUGGUGUUCUCAACAUAGGAAGGGCGUGAAGCUGUUGAAGCGAGUCCAGAGGAGGACCACGAGGAUGAUCAAGGGAUUGGAGCACCUCCCAUAUGAAGACAGGCUGAGAAAGUUGGGGCUGUUCAGCCUGGAGAAGAGAAGGCUGCAUGGAGACCUCAUAGCAGCCUGCCAGUAUCUGAAGGGAGCCUAUAAGGGUGCCGGGGAGGGACUCUGUAUUAGAGACUGUACCGAUAGGGCAAGGGGUGAUGGGUUCAAACAGAAACAGGGGAAGUUCAGGUUGGAUAUAAGGAAUAUACAAGGAUAUAUACUGUGUGCAUAUAUAUAAGGAUAUAUAUGGUGUAUGUCUACUGUAAGGGUGGUGAGGCACUAAACAGGCUGCCCAGGGAAGUUGUGAAUGCUCCAUCCCUGGCAAUGUUCAAGGCCAGCUUGGACGGAGCCUUGGUGUAGGGUGAGGCGUCCCUGCCCGUGGCAGGGGGAUUGCAACUAGAUGAUGUUAAGGUCUCUUCCAACCCAAAUCAUUCUACUAUUCUGUUAUUGAGAGAUGUGAGUGGGUUUGAAUGGCAUAUAAGAUGGUGAUUUUUCUAAUUAAAAACAAAAAGACAUUUUCCCCAGAAACAUUAUAAUACCGCUUUAAUAAAGAGCGGUUAUUAUCUUACUUUUACUCUUUUUAGAACAGUAUUACAGAACUAGAACCUGCUAUUACUGAAAACAGAGUUUCUUUCAUACAAGUAGAACUGCAAUUUCUGAUGAGAUCACUCCCGUGCUACACGUAUUUUCUAUCAUUUCAGCCAUAAAAAACAUAAAACCAUAUAAAUAACUGAAAAACCUCA